AUGGCCACCAUCAAAGUCGGAAUCGUGGGCUACGGCAACGCCGCCAAAAGCUUCCAUCUCCCGUUCCUCCAAGCCAUCCCGGACUACGAAGUCGUGGCUAUAUUUCAGCGGGCUGAGGCCCCUACAGACCCCGCCUCCGCGAAGAAGGGCUCACACUGUACUGUUGAUUUCCCAAGAAUAAAACACUACAGAACAGCAGAGGAUUUCUUCGCGGACGAGGAGGUAGCGUUUGUCGUCGUUGCAACACAUGCCGAUACCCAUGCUCAUUUUGGGGAGCUGGCGUUGAAAGCGGGAAAACAUGUGAUUGUCGACAAACCGUUCGCAAACUCCUCCUCCGAAGCCGAUAAAGUCAUUGCCAUUGCGAACCAGAAAGGACUGAUCGUAACCUGUUUCCAGAACAGAAGCUAUGAUGGCGACUUCCAGACAGUCAAGGAACUGGUCAAGAAGAAGGCGUUUGGCGAGAUCACUGAGGCGGAGAUCCACUACGACUUUGACAGGCCUGUAUGGCUGCGCUACAUGUCCGACAAGGACUACACCCCUGGAGCUGGGAUGACUUUUGGUCUAGGAACUCACAGCAUCCAUCAAGCAUAUCUACUCUUCGGAUGCCCUGCAUCAAUAACAGCUUUCUACCGCGUCUAUCGCGACAUCAAAAGCGAGGUCGAGGACUCGUUCACCAUCGUCCUCCAAUACGACGGCGCACAGAAGAACCUGCUCGUCACAGUAAAGACAACAGUAGUCUCGCCGAUGGCGCAGCAACUCAAGUUCUGGAUCCGGGGUAAGAAGGGAUCGUACAUCAAGCAUCAACAACGGAGUACAUGUCCACAGGAGGAGCAAAUCGCAGAGGGUCUCAAGCCUCUCAAUACAGAAUUCGGGUCUGAGCCUGAUAGUCUUCGCGGCAUUCUAACUACGUAUGAGGAGUUUGAUAGCGAUAUCCAGAGCUACGAUAAAGACUCCCAGAGAUACGUUGGGCGAUAUCCGACAAUUAGAGGACGGUGGAUGGGUGUUUAUGAGGAUGUUGCCAACGCCAUUAACGGGAAAGCGGAGCUGGCCGUCAAGGCCAGUGAUUCAAGGGAUGUGCUUAGGAUUAUUGAGCUGGCGAGGGAGUCUCAUGAGCGGGGUGUGACUGUGGCAUGGAAAUAG